AUGACUGCUCGCGAUCAAAUUCGAGCUAUGUUAGAUCAAUUGAUGGGAUCUGAUAAUGGCGUAACAAAAUCCAGCAUGUCCUUUGAAGAUCGUCGUGUAUGUCGACCAUUUCUAUUAAAUUGUUGUCCACAUGAAAUUCUAUCUGGAACGAGAGUUGAUUUAGGUGAAUGUGCAAAAGUACAUGAAUAUGCUUUACGUGCUGAUUAUGAACGAGCAGCAGCAACAAAACAUAGCCUAGAUUAUGAACUUGAUGCAUUACAAGUAUUAAAUCAAUUUGUUGCUGAAGCUGAUCGAAAAACUGAACAUGCAAAACGAAAACUUCGUGAAACACAAGAAGAAUUAGGUGAAGAAGCUGCACGAAAAAUGAAUACUAUUCAUGAGUUAGGUGAACAAAUCGGUACGAAAUUAGCUAGAGCUGAAGAAUUGGGUGCACAAGGUUUAGUUGAUGAAUCAAUGAAACUAUUAGACGAAGUUGAGGAAUUAAGAAAAGCAAAAUCUGAUGGUGAACAAGAAUUUCGAGCUACAAUGCCAGCAUCAACAUAUCAACAACAAAAAUUACGUGUUUGUGAAGUAUGUUCAGCCUUUUUAGGAAUUCAUGAUAAUGAUCGUCGUUUGGCUGAUCAUUUCGGUGGAAAAUUACAUUUGGGCUUCAUACAAAUACGUGAAAAAUUAGAUGAUUUAAAAAAACGUGUAAGUGAACUUAGUGAAAAACGUGAAAUGGAAAGAAAAAUGCGUCGAAGUUCGCCAUCAUCGAGAAAUGAUCGUGAUGCAACUGAUCACUACAAUCGAGAUCGUCGUUCAUCACAUCACAGUCGUAGUGAUAGUCAAUCAAGACGAAUUUCUAGUCGAGAUAAAGAUCGACGACGAUCACGAUCAAGAUCAGGACAUCGUUCAUCAAAACAUUCACGUAGCCAUCGAUCAUCACGAUCACGUUCCCGAGAUAGACGUCGCCAAAAACGAUCUCGAUCACGUUCUGGUUCAUCACGUCGUCAUCGUCGUUCUCGAUCUCGAACAUCCUCAUCUCGACGACAUCAUCGACAUGAUUCUCGAUCACCUGUACAUUCAUCAUCAAGUUCUAAACAAAAUGGUAAUAGUGAUACUAAUAAUCGUCAUAUUGAUUCAACUACUGCACAUGCUACAGCUGCUGAUAAUGAUGAUGAUGAUGAAACAACACGUAUUCUUGAAAAUAUACAACGAAGUAUGAAAGGUGACAAUAAUAAAGAACAAGCAACUACACCAAUGAAAUAA